UUGUGAGAUGAGAAAAUGGUGGAAAGGGAGCGACUUAAUGAAGCCAUAGGCCUCUUAACUAAUAUUUUAGAUAGGCCUUCUCCAAAUGUUGUCACAUCGCUGUCAGGAAUGAUGGAUCAAAGGCGACAGUCGACGUCGUCCACAGUAGGCAAUUCUAGUGCGAGCGUUGACGAGGAAUUGCAGCGGGCCUUCAGACGUGGAUCAGGUGCAUCAGGGAGUGGCGGUGGAGCCUCAUUAGGCGCCAACCUGAACCAAGUGCUGCAACCCCGAUAUCAAACUCAGCAGUAUUUUGGGGGAUGGACUUCAAAGUCAAGGAAGAGGACCACUGGCACUGUCCAAAAUCACCCCACCUUCACCAAGGAUGUAAUUCUGUUACCUCAUCCAGAAUGGGAUGCAGUUUGUAAGCACAAAACAAAGAGAAGGCUUCAUCAAAAAGGCUUUAUUUUAAAUGCCUUCGAGAUGAAGAAAAUCUGGGACUGCAGGACAGUCAUUGCUGAGCUAAGGGAAGCAUUCAAGGACAACAUUCCAGAGGGAGUCAGUAUUGAACUUUUGAUGCCAUGUGGAAACAAACUUGUUUCACCAAAGCUGCGUGAGGGACAGGAACUGAAUGGCUUUCUAAUUCACAAAGUGUUUAAGUCAAAGGCAGUGUACAUCAGGCCAUCAAGCAUGCUUCAAAAUACGUUGGACAGCUCAGAUUCAGAGGAUGGUAUGAUGGCAGACACACAAUCCACAUCCAGUGAACAGCACAUUUCCACUCAGGCUACCCCUGACUGUGUGACAAGGGCUAGAGGAAACCAAAUUGCAUCAACACCACUGGUUUCUAGUUAUCCUUUCACAAGAAGUGGCAGAGCAAACCGAGCCGGGGCAGAGCAGCAAUCUUCAAGUGGAAGAAUAACCACAGAGACCCAGCGCAGUGCAGUUGAGCUUGAAUCCAGUGGCAGCAUGGCCAGAGAGACCCAGCGCAGUGCAGUUGAGCUUGAAUCCAGUGGCAGCAUGGCCAGAGAGACCCAGCGCAGUGCAGUUGAGCUUGAAUCCAGUGGCAGCAUGGCCAGAGAGACCCAGCGCAGUGCGGUUGAGCUUGAAUCCAGUGGCAGCAUGGCCAGAGAGACCCAGCGCAGUGCAGUUGAUGACUAUACUACCUACCUCUCGAUCAUGGGUUCCAUCUCUGACCAUUCAUCUGAUGAUGAGGAGUUAAACCAAGCGAUUAUGGCCAGUCUUCAGAGUAAUAUGUAAGUGAGUGGGUGAUAAAAAUAGUGCAGUAAUUAAAGAUAAACAGGAACAGGGUGAGCAUGAAGUGAAUCUGAUAGGACUUUUUACAAUAUUGACUUCAUAUAGGCACAUCAGCCACUAGCCAUUUUCCACUUGUAAAAUCCUUUAGGUUUGCAAUGGGGGUUUUGUUGUUGAAAGGUAUGCUCUUAUCCCUAUCCUAAAACAUUUUUUUCUUUCUACAGGGAAAUCGCAAACACCAAGUCUUCACAGGAAGUGCUCCUCGAUCUUGCAUCCAAAAUUGACACAAACCAAAGAUGCAGGUUUAACAUAAAUAGGUCAGCAGUUCUGGAUGGUGCUGUUCGUGGCUUCAAACGAGUUUCCUACAAUCCUGCAUCCCAGAUGUCCGUCAAGUUUUCCGAUGACUUGGGAAUAGAUGAAGAGGCUGUGGACCUUGGUGGCCCAAGGAGAGAGUUUUUAAGACUCCUUAUGGAAGCAUUGGCACGGUCACCAAUGUUUGAAGGAAGGGACAGCAAAUUGAAUUUGGCUCUACACAGUGCUGCUUUAAGAGAAGAUCGGUAUUUCAUUGCUGGACAGGCCAUUGCUGUUAGCCUUGUUCAUGGGGGUCCUCCACCAGGAUUCCUUGCACCAACACUGUAUUCGUGUCUUGUUGGUGGGCACUCCUCAAUUAAGCCUGACUUGGAGGACAUUGUUGACGCUGACCUUUAUGAAAAGGUUAAAAAGGUGUCAGAUGUUCUUCUUUGAAUGACCUCUCACCACAGAACCACUCCAAGAUGUUCUUGCAAAUGCAGGGUGUCUCAGGCCUUUGAAAUCCAUAGAAGACAGAGACCUGUUGGUCCAAGACAUUACCAUGUUCCAGGUGGUCCACAGAGUUGCAGGAGCAUUUGAAAGAUUUAAGGAGGGGCUAAAGGUCCUUGGCGUUCUAGAUGCAAUUAAAAUGCAUCCAGAAAGUUUCCGGCCUUUGAUGUGCCACGAACCAUCGGCUCUCACUGCUGACGUAAUGGACCAUCUAUUCCAUAUCCUGCUGUCUGAAGUGGGAAGCAACAAAAGAAGGACAGAGGAAGUUGUGGUACCCUUUUGGAGGGAUUACCUGCAGGAUGUGGAAGAUCAAGAGGGACCACCAAAGUUAGGGAAAAUCCUUGCCUUUGCAACAGGUGCAAGUGUCAUCCCUCCAGUUGGCUUCUCUCCUCAGCCAUCAAUUGAUUUCCUGCAUGGGCAUCCCUCCAGCCCCAAACAGCGUCUGCCCAUGGCGAACACUUGCAUAAACUGCCUGAAGUUGCCGCUGCUUGAGACUUAUGAUGAUUUUAAAGAGUGCAUGGACUUUGCACUAGGUAACACACAGGGUUUUGGAAGAGAGUAAUGGGAACAUUAUGUUCGUUCCAUCUACCUCGUUCAUGAGGUUUCAGCCAGGUUCUUGAAGCAAUGUGAACAACAAUUUUUGUUUUUAAUUUUAGCGAAGUGCAAAAAAACAUUAUUCUUUAAAAGUCACUUUUAUUAUUUAUCAACCAUUGUACAUUGCUUUAUUAGUGCUGACUGAGUAACUGGGCACAUCAUUAAGGUAUUAUGGCCCAGUGGUGCAACAAAUCACAUAAAUAUAUAACUUACUUUCAGUCUGUUUAAAAAACAAACAGUGCUUGUUUUGUUACUUUAAGUGUGAACCAUUUCCAGUGUUUACUGUUCACUAAGAACAUUCACCAGAACUAAAAAAAAUGAUAUGCCGUGAUUACCAUCAUCACUCAAAGGGUCAAAUAGUUCUUCAAUUCUGUUCAUCAUGGUUUGAUUAACAUUAAAGUCAUUUACCGGAACCACAA